GGACUUUGUUUUGUCUCUCCGAUAAGCCAGUCGGUUCAUUUGUAACGAGGGUGUAACGCAUUAACAUAUAUCAUUGCCAAGACUACAUAAAUACUGAGGCUGCAAGACUAACGGAGACGAUCUCUCAGACCAGUCAUCAUGGAGUGGGAACGAUAUUUUCGGGUCUCUUCUCUUUUGCUGCUUUCUUGGGCCAUUGUCUCCUGUGCUCCUGUUGAAAAGAGUUCCGGCAAGGAUUUGAAGAAAAGGGAAGUUAAUGGACACAACAUGGAACACGCCAUGCGGCUGAAAAUGACCAAACGAAGCACAAGUAGGAUGGCAUAUGACGACAGUGAACUUGUUGAUGACUUGACAGAAAUGGGGAAGCGAUACCUUGACUCUCUAGGCGGAGCUCAAAUCCAUGGCUACAAGCGUUUUUUUGAUCCACUUGCUGACGUAGAUGUGCAAACAAAACGUUACCUUGACCCAAUUGGUGGAUUUGAGGUGCAUGGAUAUAAGAAGCGAUCAGCUAGCACAGCCGGGAGGUCAGCCCACAGCCGCACAAAAAGAGCCCUGCAUACCCAUGGAGACUCCAAAAUCCAUGACGGAUUAACGAGACACACGAAUAAGGUGGAUGCUGAUAAAACCCACGACGGGUUCAAGCGAGGUUUUGACACACUUGGUGGUGCCCAAAUCCAUGAUGGUUUCAAGCGAGGUUUUGACACACUUGGUGGUGCCCAAAUCCAUGAUGGAUUCAAGCGAGGUUUUGACACACUUGGUGGUGCCCAAAUCCAUGAUGGAUUCAAGCGAGGUUUUGACACGCUCGGUGGUGCCCAAAUCCAUGAUGGAUUCAAGCGAGGUUUUGACACACUUGGUGGUGCCCAAAUCCAUGAUGGAUUCAAGCGAGGUUUUGAUACACUUGGUGGUGCCCAAAUCCAUGAUGGGUUCAAGAGAGGCUUUGAUACUCUCGGUGGUGCCCAAAUUCACGAUGGGUUCAAGCGAGGUUUUGACACACUUGGUGGUGCCCAAAUCCACGAUGGGUUCAAGCGAGGCUUUGAUACACUGGGUGGUGCCCAAAUCCAUGAUGGGUUCAAGCGAGGUUUUGACACACUUGGUGGUGCCCAAAUCCAUGAUGGGUUCAAGAGAGGCUUUGAUACUCUGGGUGGUGCCCAAAUCCACGAUGGGUUCAAGCGAGGUUUUGACACACUUGGUGGUGCCCAAAUCCACGAUGGGUUCAAGAGAGGCUUUGAUACUUUGGGUGGUGCCCAAAUCCACGAUGGAUUCAAAAGAGGUUUCGACACCCUUGGAGGUGCCCAAAUCCACGAUGGCUUCAAGCGAGGUUUUGACACGCUCGGUGGUGCCCAAAUCCAUGAUGGAUUCAAGCGAGGUUUUGACACACUUGGUGGUGCCCAAAUCCACGAUGGGUUCAAGCGAGGUUUUGACACACUUGGUGGUGCCCAAAUCCAUGAUGGGUUCAAGAGAGGCUUUGAUACUCUCGGUGGUGCCCAAAUCCAUGAUGGAUUCAAAAGAGGUUUCGACACCCUUGGAGGUGCCCAAAUCCACGACGGGUUCAAGCGUGGCUUCGACACACUUGGUGGUGCCCAAAUCCACGACGGGUUCAAGCGAAGCUUCGACACACUUGGUGGUGCCCAAAUCCAUGAUGGAUUCAAGAGAGGUUUCGACACACUUGGAGGUGCCCAAAUCCACGACGGGUUCAAGCGAGGCUUCGACACACUUGGGGGUUCCCAAAUCCAUGAUGGAUUCAAAAGAGGUUUCGACACACUUGGAGGUGCCCAAAUCCACGACGGGUUCAAGCGAGGCUUCGACACACUUGGUGGUGCCCAAAUCCAUGAUGGGUUCAAGCGCGGGUUCGAUACAUUAGGUGGGGGGCAUAUUCACGAUGGAUUCAAGAGAGGUUUCGAUACUCUUGGUGGCUUCAAUGUGCACAGUUUUAAAAGAGGACUAGACACUUUGGGAGGCUUCAAUGUGCAUGGGUUCAAGAGAAGUGCUGACAAGAAAGAAAAAAAUGAAAACGAGGAAUGAACAAUACUGUUGCAAUAAAUUGCGUAAUGCCCUAUAUUGGAAACAACUGUGACGAUUGAAAAGCCUAAACAAACACAUGCAAAAAGCCUAUCAUCACAUUAUAGCAUGCAAUACGAAGUUCGGUCUCUUCGCCUCAUAGAACAAGGAAGUCUAUGCAAGAGGCAUCUUCUGACAGUGGAGGUGAUCACAGGAGUGUUUUCUGAAAUACAGUGUACAGUGACUGUGAUACUUGUUUUUGUUUAAAAAUAAUAUAAUAUAUAUUUUCCUCGCAAUGAAACAUGCAUUUGUAAAUUUCAUAGAAUAGUCCGACACAUACAUGUAUAUGGGACUAGAAUCCGGUUAACCCAUUCACGAACAGCAGUUUCAAAUGACUGUAGGCGUCAUUAUGUGUUCAUCACUUUCACACGAACCAUAAACGUUAACUGAUAUUUAUUAAUAAUGUGAAAAUGCAGUAUGUCGAUGUUUUGUUACCUCUUAUGCGUGACGGCAGAAUAAAAUGCGAAUUUCUGGAA